AUGGUGGAGUUUGCACCCUUGUCUGUGCCAUGGGAGCGCAGGCUGCAGACCUUCGCAGUCCUACAAUGGGUCUUCUCCUUCUUGGCUUUGGCCGAGAUCUGCCUUGUGAGCUUCAUAGGCCUCCUGUUCACAAGAUUCUGGCUCGCCAGCGUUCUGUACGCGGCCUGGUGGUACAUGGACCAAGACACGCCGCGGCAGGGGGGCAGGCGUAUCCAGUCCGUCAGGUGCUGGACCAUAUGGAAGUACAUGAGGGACUAUUUCCCCAUCUCGCUGGUCAAGACUGCGGAGCUGGACCCCUCCCGGAACUACAUUGCGGGCGUCCACCCCCACGGGGUCCUGGCGGUGGGAGCCUUCGUCAACCUGUGCACUGAGGGCACAGGCUUCUCGUCGCUCUUUCCGGGUAUCCGCCCCCAUCUGAUGAUGCUGACCCUGUGGUUCCGGAUCCCCUUCCUCAGGGAUUACAUUUUGACCUCGGGGUUGGUCUCAUCAGAAAAGGAGAGUGCUGCUCACAUUGUGAGCAGGAAGGGCGGCGGGAACUUGCUGGCCAUCAUCGUAGGGGGUGCCCAGGAGGUACUAGAUUCCAGGCCUGGAACCUUCAAGCUGUUGCUGCGGAACCGCAAGGGCUUCAUCAGGCUUGCCCUGAUGCACGGGGCACCUCUGGUGCCAGUCUUCUCCUUUGGGGAGAAUGACCUGUUUGAUCAGGUUGAGAACUCUCCUGGCUCCUGGUUGCGCUGUGUCCAGAACUGGCUGCAGAAGAAGAUGAGCAUCUCCCUCCCACUCUUCCAUGGCCGUGGCAUCUUCCAGUACAGCUUUGGUCUCAUGCCCUACCGCCGGCCCGUCACCACUGUGGUGGGGAAGCCCAUUGAAGUGCAGAAGACGCUGCAGCCCUCAGAGGAGGAGGUGAACCAGCUGCACCAGCGCUAUAUCAAGGAGCUGUACAACCUCUUCGAGGCCCACAAGCUCAAGUUCAAUAUCCCCUCUGACCAACAUUUGGAAUUCCACUGA